AUGUACACCUUGCAUCAGAGCUCGACAAAUGCCGUCAGUACCGUUUCAGCAGUAUCCGCUUGCUUCAACAUGACGGUCGAGUCCACCAAAACGCUCUACACCGGUCUGUUGACAAAACUUGCUGCGUUCGCGACACUCGAGUCGCUCAAGUCUGUCGAUGCGACCGAGCGCACACCAUUGCAGCACCAAAGGCGAGCAGCAGUGAUGCCCCGUGCCUGGGUUCUUGAGUCAGCUGAGCACAAAUUGACAUCGACACCAAGUCGACAACACCCAAAAGUGCCCUUGAGACAACACUGCAGCGAGUUUCACGCCGUGCUGCGUUUGUCGUUCCAGAUCCUGCUGUUCGGUAUCGUCGACUUUGCCCCAAACUUCCUCAGCGACGUGCUCACGGGUCACCUCAGUGCUGCUAAUAGCAGUGCAUUCAUGGCUGGUCGCAGUCUCGCUAUCAUCUUCGCAGUAUUCACGAGCAUGACUCUUGUCGCUGCUAUGAGUGCAGCAAUGGAUACACUCUGUGCUCAAGCGUACGGUGCCGGUAAGCUGCGGGACCUCGGUCUUUUCUUUCAAACGGGCUUGAUCGUCCUUUGCAUUGGCUAUCCAUUCGUUGUCCUCGCCAGUGUCUAUUGUGUCGAGCUUCUUACGUUCGCCGGACAGCAGCGGGAACUUGCUGAACUGGCCCAUAAAUUGGUGAUGCUGACCCUGCCUGGUGUGCCUUUCAUUGCUGUGAACACGUUGAUGGGCAAAAUCUUGCAAGGGCAGAGUCGUAUGACACCCCUCGUGGUGAUCGGGCUUGUUGCCAGCAUUGUGCAGACUGCACUGAUGUACGUCUUCAUGUUCCAGACAGCACUUGGCUUCUAUGGCUCAGCUGUGGCCAUGUCUGCAACAACGUUUUGCUAUGCGGUCGCCUUGGCCACGUAUUUGCAAUGCAGUGGUCUCUAUCAACGCGAAUGGCCCGGCUGGCAAUUCGCUGAAGCUGUUCAACGGAUGCCUGAAUUCGUGCGCUUGGGUGUAUCGGGCAUGGCGAUGUUCGUGUGUGAAGUCUGGAGCUUUGCAACCAUCGGACUCUCGUCGGGCAUGCUCUCGCAUGCCAACACAGUUGUCAGUGCCGAUUCCGGCUACAUCAACCUUCGAUUGCUAGGGAUGUUGUGGUACACGGCGAUUGCGCUGGCAGCUUCCGUGCGCGUUGGAAACGCAUUGGGUGCAAAUGAUCCAGCACGGGCUCGGCACACGGCGAAACUUGCACUGAGUCUAAGCGCCUUGUGUGCUUUAGGGGCGUCGGCUGGCAUGUCGCUGUUCCAUGAUGUGCUCCCACUCGUCUUUACGAAAGACGAACAAGUUGUCAGCAUAACGUCCGAGCUACUGCUCGUGACGAGUCCACUGCAAGUUUUCACGGCAAUUGCAGCCGUCACUCAGGGCAUUUUUCGUGGCUGUGGCUUGCAAGCGCUUGGAGCGAGAGUCAAUUUCGUGUCUUACGUACUGCUUGCGUUGCCGCUGGGACUGCUACUGGCCUUCUCGCUUAAAAUGGGCCUCUUGGGUCUCUGGCUCGGGAUUCAUGCUGGGUUGACUGCAGGUGGACUCUUUAGUAUCUACUGGUUGGCAAUCCGUGCUGACUGGGCAAAGCUAGCACACCAAGCAUCCAAACGGGCGACGGACACGGGCAAUGGCGUGACAAACGAAGCUUUUUCCCAGUUGACCACUCGAGAAAAGUAUUUGCCUUCGCCUGGUGUCACGUCCGAUGAAUCUUCAUCAUGCUCCGACAGUAUUUUCGGGCCAUCUGCGCGCCUCGCAUGA